CCAUCACCGAAAACAUCAUGGCGGGGUAGUGUGUUCAUGAGCGCUAAACUUGGAAUAAAACGUCAAACAUAUGGAAUAUAUCUAAAAAAAAAAAGAAUUUAAUCACGAGUCUCUCUCUGCAGUAGGACAGAAUGGUCCGCAGAUCCAGGAUCAGUAUUCGUCCCAACGUCAGGCCGGCGGGCAGAGGCCCAGCAGCCCUAGCCUCCUCCCAAGACACUCCUCCAUCGUCCCAGGCCACCGAGGCUCCUUCCCAGGCAGGGGGCCAGGAGGUGGACACCACCACUACUGCAGUGCCAGAAACCUCCACAGAGUCCACCACACCCAGAGAAUGAGGAAAAGUCUGUCAUUAAAUCAAAUGUAUUAUAGUCCCUUUUACAGCAACAUUUGUCAAUGAUUAGUUGCUGCUGGCCAGCAGUCAGAGCUGGUUCUGGAAGUUAGUAACCUCUCAUAGGAUGUAUAAUUGUUGUAGAAUUGAGAACUGUUCAAGUUAACAUGGGUUAUACACAUGAGUAACUUGCCUCUUUCCCAACAACCAUCCACUGACUGUGUGGCUGCUCACGUAUUCCUUGAUUGUCAGCAUUGUUUCUGAUCCUUUUGUCUUUUGGUAUAGGGAUGAUAAAGACCCAAAUGGACAAAUCAAAUCAGACAGAAUUCAAAGGAGGAAGAGGUUCUCUUUCAUGCCAAAUCUUGCCAAACCCCGGGCGGCCGCAACCCCGGGCCUCACCCUCUACCCCUCCCGGACCUCCAAGUCCCCUGUGAGAGUGGGCACUGAGACCUCAGCCCCUGAGGCUCCAGGGGCCCCCCAGCGAGACAGAUGCUGGACCCCCACAGGGCAUGAGAUGCCCAAGGCGGAGGCCCUCUGGAGGUAGUAGGCAGGCCAAAGUACAGCCCAAACCCAGCCCCCAGCCCCAUCUUCCCCAGCCCCUGAGACAACAAUCCCCCCACUGGGGAAGCAGGCAGUGGAUUACUCAUCCCCGUCACAACAGACCCUGCAGGCAGCAGACGAGGAAACAUCCUCACAGCUCACCAAACAAGACAAAGGCAGCAUCCAAUUAGAUCUCUCGAAAAAAAACACCAGCCACUAAAGCUCCAUUCACUCCAUCAGAGAAUGUCCCAUCAUCCUCCCUUUCACACGAAGAGGGUAUCUCAGUAUCUGAGAGAGCUAAGAUUCUGGUAGCCAGGUCUGUGUCUGUUGGGCUCACCGGGUUGGCACCAAGGAAGUCCAGGCUUAGCAGGUUCCUGAAUGACCCAACGGACCUGCAGAGGCUGGCCAAGGCCCGGAAGCUCAGAGAACUGCUGAGACAGGAGAUGAACAAGGAAAAGUCUAGGAUGUAAUUGACUUCCUGUCUCCAGAUAACAUGGAAGUGUCUGAGGAGAGCUACAACGAGGAAGCUAGAACCUUACUGGCCAUCGGCAACCUCACCCAGUUGUCUCAGGCUGCUGAGGCCUGCACUGCAGGAGCAGAUGAUUUCAUCACUGAAGGAUGUUCAGGUGAGGAACAACAGUACCAGAUGUCAUCACAGCCCGCUGACCAAUCACAAACUAGCACCACUCCUUCUGAAUCUCUGACCCCUGACCUUUGGGUCACUGAGGCAUCACUGACUGCUGAGGAUUCUGUCCCUGUUGCCACGUCAACAGCCUCUAUCCCAGUCUCCACGAUAUCAGCCUAUGUUGCAGUCGCUAUGACAACAACCACAUCUGUCCCAGUCACCACGACAACAAAAAUAGCCUCUAUCCCAGUCACCACAACGACAGCCUCUGUCCCUGUCACCACAACAACAUCCUCUGUCCCAGUCACCAGGACAACAAAAAUAGCAUCUGUCCCUGUCACCACAACGACAGCCUCUGUCCCUGUCACCAGGACAACAAAAAUAGCCUCUGUCCCAGUCACUACGACAACAGCUUCUGUCCCUGUCACCACAACGACAGCCUCUGUCCCUGUCACCACAACAACAGCCUCUGUCCCUGUCACCAAAAUAGCCUCUGUCCCAGUCACUACGACAACAGCCUCUGUCCCAGUCACCAGAACAACAUCCUCUGUCCCAGUCACCAGAACAACUGCCUGUAUUCCAGUCACCACAACAACUGCCUCUGUCCCAAUCACCACGACAACAGCCUCUGUCCCUGUCACCACAACAACAGCCUCUGUCCCUGUCACCAAAAUAGCCUCUGUCCCAGUCACUAUGACAACAGCCUCUGUCCCAGUCACCAAAAUAGCCUCUGUCCAAGUCACCAGGACAACAUCCUCUGUCCUAAUCACCAAGACAACAGCCUCUGUCCCAGUCACCAAAAUAGCCUCUGUCCGAGUCACUACGACAACAACCUCUGUCCGAGUCACUACGACAACAACCUCUGUCCCAGUCACCACAACGACAGCCUCUGUCCCAGUCACCAAAAUAGCCUCUGUCCCAGUCACUACGACAACAACCUCUGUCCCAGUCACCACAACGACAGCCUCUGUCCCUGUCACCACAACGACAGCCUCUGUCCCUGUCACCACAACGACAGCCUCUGUCCCAGUCACCAGGACAACCGCAUGUAUUCCAGUCACCACAACGACAGCCUCUUUCCCAGUCACCACAACAACAUCCUCUGUCUGGGUCACCAGGACAACAUCCUCUGUCCUAAUCACCACGACAACAGCCUCUGUCCCAGUCACCACAACGACAGCCUCUGUCCCAGUCACCACAACGACAGCCUCUGUCCCAGUCACCACAACGACAGCCUCUGUCCCAGUCACCACAACAACUGCCUCUGUCCCAGUCACCACAACAACAUCCUCUGUCCUAAUCACCACGACAACAGCCUCUGUCCCAGUCACCACAAUGACAGCCUCUGUUCCAGUCACCACAACAACAGCCUCUGUCCCAGUCACCACAACGAUAGCCUCUGUCCUAAUCACCACGACAACAGCCUCUGUCCCUGUCACCACAACGACAGCCUCUGUCCCUGUCACCAGGACAACAAAAAUAGCCUCUGUCCCAGUCACCACAACGACAGCCUCUGUCCCUGUCACCACAACGACAGCCUCUGUCCCUGUCACCAGGACAACAAAAAUAGCCUCUGUCCCAGUCACUACGACAACAACCUCUGUCCCAUUCACCACAACGACAGCCUUUGUCCCAGUCACCAGUACAACCGCAUGUAUUCCAGUCACCACAACAACAGCCUCUGUCCCAGUCACCACGACAACAGCCUCUGUCCCAAUCACCACAACAACGUCCUCUGUCCCAGUCACCACGACAACAUCCUCUGUCCCAAUCACCACGACAACAGCCUCUGUCCCUGUCACCACAACAACAGCCUCUGUCCCUGUCACCACAACAACAGCCUCUGUCCCUGUCACCAAAAUAGCCUCUGUCCCAGUCACUACGACAACAGCCUCUGUCCCAGUCACCACAACAACAUCCUCUCCCAUUCACCAGGACAAAUGCCUGUAUUCCAGUCACCACAACAACAGCGUCUGUCCCAAUCACCACGACAACAGCCUCUGUCCCUGUCACCACAACGACAGCCUCUGUCCCUGUCACCAGGACAACAAAAAUAGCCUCUGUCCCAGUCACUACGACAACAGCCUCUGUCCGAGUCACCACAACGACAGCCUAUGUCCCAUUCACCAGGACAACCGCCUGUAUUCCAGUCACCACAACAACUGCCUCUGUCCCAGUCACCACAACAACAUCCUCUGUCCUAAUCACCACGACAACAGCCUCUGUCCGAGUCACCACGAGCACAGCUUCUGCCCAAGUGCCUCAGAGCAGUGACGCGCCAACUCAGGAAACCAUACCUGCAGAGGAGGAGCCUCUCAGACAUGGGGAGGGAACUGUUAUUGGACACGCCUCUCAUGUGGAAUUAUGUUCAGAAGUGUCCAAGCAGCAGACGACCUCACAGACCAGGAGGAGACGCUUCACUAAGGUCAAACCCAACCUGGGCCUGGCUGCCAGG